AUGGGAUCUCUCCCGCCACUUCAAUUCCCGCUUAAUUCCGAUCCAGAUUGCAGCAAUGGCAACCCAGAUUUGAUCGACCCUGAAAAUUUAACGGAACUUUUCAAGACCCAACAGAAAAUCAUCAACUAUUUCUUCGAAAACCUCGAUCUUUCACAGACCCGUUUGUUCACUCAAACUCUCCUUAAUUCCAAAGGCACCAUUUUCUUCACGGGUGUGGGGAAGUCCGGAUUUGUGGCUCAGAAGAUCUCUCAGACCCUGGUUUCCCUCGGGAUGAAGUCCGGGUUUUUGUCCCCUGUCGAUGCGCUUCACGGGGACAUUGGCAUUUUGUCGUCUUCGGAUGUUUUGGUUAUGUUUAGCAAGAGUGGGAAUUCGGAGGAGCUGGUAAAGUUGGCUCCUUGUGCUAAGGCUAAAGGGGCGUAUUUGAUCUCGCUUACGUCGGUGGAACCCAAUGUGUUGAUGGGUUUGUCUGAUCUUAAUGUGAAGUUGCCGCUGGAGAAAGAAUUGUGCCCGCUUGGAUUGGCGCCAGUGUCGUCGGCGGCGAUUCAGAUGGUUUUUGGAGAUACUGUGGCGAUUGCGUUGAUGGGAGCCAGGAACUUUAGUAAAGAAAUGUAUGCUGCUAAUCAUCCAGCUGGGAGGAUUGGAAAAAGCUUGAUUUUUAAGGUGAAGGAUCUCAUGAAGAAGAAAGAAGAACUUCCUGUCUGCAAGGAGAAGGAUAUGAUCAUGGAUCAACUGGUAGAGCUAACUAGUAAGGGAUGUGGUUGCUUGCUUGUUGUUGACAAUGAUUACCGAUUGCUAGGCACAUUCACCGAUGGUGAUCUUAGGCGGACUUUUUUAGCCAGUAGGGAAGGAAUCUUCAAGCUCACUGUGGGAGACAUAUGUAACAGGCAACCUAGGACAAUUGGUCCUGAUGAAAUGGCAAUUGAAGCAAUGAAGAAGAUGGAAUCUCCGCCAUCUCCGGUGCAAUUCUUACCUGUUGUUGAUAAAGAUAACACCUUGAUUGGUAUUGUGACAUUGCAUGGACUGGUAUCAGCGGGGUUGUAA